GAGCUUGGGAGGUUCAGCUACUGGUCUGCUGGGGAGGAAGGAGUUAAGUGGUGCCGCUGUCACCUGAGCUGGGCCUCAGAUCACCUGGCUCCAGGUUCCCCUUGGAAGGAGGUGGAGCUGAGCUGCCCCUGGGCCCCUGGCUGCCUCAGGCCUGGGUGAGUCCUGCUGAGGAGGUCUAGGGGGAUACCCCUGGCUAGGAAAAGGGUUUUUACUGGGGAUUCUCACUGAGUCUCUGUCCCCAGGCCCCAGCUAUGGCCCUGCCCCCACCUCUGGGCCCUAGACCCCCCUCAGAGCCCCUCAGCCACCCCCCUGGAGCCCCUCGGGAACUGAGUAUGGUUGGGUGCGCCAUCUGCCUGGCAUCUGGAGAGGAGAGAAUCAGGCCAGAACAGGCCCAGAAACCAGGGCAGGACUCCUUGGACCCUCCUGAGCAUUUCCAGUGUGGGCUGAGGGGCACUGAGCCUGCCGCUGGCCCUCCCAGACCGCCAGCACCCUCUUCGCAUGAGGAGCCAGCUGGGGGCAAACACUGUGAGUGCCCCAUCUCUGGCCGGGAGGUGUUGGAGGCUGAACAGGAGAGGCUGCACCUUUGCCUGUUGGGGCUGGGCCUCCAGCUUCAGGACCUGGAGCGAGGCCUGGGGUCCUGGGCAUCGGCCCAGAGCAGGAUGGUCCAGCUGCAGGCCCUACAGGCAGACCUGCGUGGGGCAGCUGAGCGUGUGGAUGCAUUGCUGGUGUUCAGUGAAGGGCUGGCGCAGCAGAGUGAGCCCCAGGCCCGGGCAUACCUGGAGCAGGUCCUGAGGGCCCUCGGAGCCCACCGAGACAGCAUCUUCCGGCGGCUGUGGCGGCUGCAGGCCCAGCUGGUCAGCUACAGCCUGGUGUUCGAGGAGGCCAACAUACUGGACCAGGACUUGGAGGUCGAGGGGGAAUCGGACGGGCCAGGACCUGGUGGGGUCUGGGGGCCCCGGGCACCCAGUAGCCUCCCCACUCCUGCAGAGUUGGAGUGGGACCCAGCAGGGGACAUUGGGGGCCUCGGGCCCUGGGGACGAAAGACAGUCUGGACAGCAGGGGCUCCCUGUGAGCUGUGUGGUCACAAGCGCUCCCAGGGCAGGGGACAAGGCCUUGAGGUGAGAGCAGGACCCCACACUGCUCUGUCCCCACAGGACAUGCUCCUGUCAGACCUUAGCCACCGGAAACACUUAGCAGGUCACCGAAGACGCUCGCUGCUCCGGAAGUCUCAGAACAAGAAGAGGCAAGCUUCUCCCCAUCUCCAGGAUGUGAUGCUGGAGGUGGACGCUGGAGCCCCUGCUCCUGCAUCCAGGUGGCCCCUGACCUCCCUCCUUCUCCUUCUCCUCUUCCUUCUCCUGGUGGGUGCCACAUUGCUCCUGCCCCUGUCAGGGGGGCCCUGCUGGUCUCCCUCCCGACUGGCCAGGACACCUUACGUGGUGCUCAGCUAUGUCAAUGGUCCCCCCCCAGUCUGAGGAUGCAGCCCAGGCAUGUGUAAUAAAUGGUCACUGUCAAA